CAUCCGGGUUGUGGAUGGCGGCAAGCAUGGCACCCCCAGUGAGGUACUGCAUCCCCGGCGAACGUCUGUGUAACUUGGAGGAAGGCAGCCCCGGCAGCGGCACCUACACCCGGCACGGCUACAUCUUUUCGUCGCUGGCUGGCUGCCUGACGAAGACCAGCGAGAAUGGCGCGCUCCCCGUGGUGUCAGUGAUGAGAGAAACAGAGUCCCAGUUGCUUCCAGAUGUGGGAGCUGUCGUCACCUGUAAGGUCUCUAGCAUCAACUCACGAUUUGCCAAAGUACACAUCCUGUAUGUGGGAUCCACACCACUCAAAAAUGCUUUUCGAGGAACUAUCCGCAAAGAAGAUAUCCGAGCAACUGAAAAAGACAAGGUAGAAAUUUACAAGAGUUUCCGGCCAGGUGACAUAGUUUUGGCCAAAGUUAUCUCCCUAGGUGAUGCACAGUCCAAUUACCUGCUAACUACUGCUGAAAACGAGCUAGGAGUUGUGGUGGCCCACAGUGAGUCGGGUGUCCAGAUGGUUCCCAUCAGCUGGUGUGAGAUGCAGUGCCCCAAGACCCACACUAAGGAAUUCCGAAAAGUAGCCCGAGUCCAGCCCGAGUUCUUACAAACCUAAGUGUACCCACCCCAAAGAGGGAUUCAGCUACUUCUAAAAGUACACGUGUGAAAAAACCCAUCAAGAUGCCAUGGUCUUUAUUAAGUAAGGUACCUGCAGUCAGCUAGCAGCCAUCUCUUGAAACAGUGUGUCCAGAAAUGAAUUCAUGUUGUAAUGACACCCAAGGCCCCUGCAGCUGAGACAGGAAGAUUAUUAAUGCCCAAGUUUGAGGCCAGCCUGGGCUACAUAUUAAGACUCUUUCAACCAGAAGACAAAAAAGAAAUGUACACUAUCUGAAACACGAUUUUUGGGAAACUGAUUUUUAUUCUCUGGGCACAUGAAUCUCAUUUAAAAAGCACUCCGCAAACAAAAUCAUGUAAUAUUGAAAAUACCUUAUGCCUUCUUUAUAAAUAUGUACAUAUGUGUUUUGCUAUGACUGAAAAAAAUUCUUUUCAUUUGUUAGUGAUAUUGGUCCCCCCCCCCCCCGUGUGUGUGUGGUGUAUGUGUGGGGAGGGUGUGGGGGGUGUUUUAUGAUAACAGCUUUUUCAUGUAAAUGCUCAAGAUUUUAACUCGGCUGCUCAUGGUUGGGUCAUGAUUUCCUUUACCUUUUAAGCCAUCUCCGCAGCCCAUGCUGUCACUAUUAGGUGAGCUUGCACUGAUAUUUCUGACUCUGUCUCCCCAGUGCAGCAUGGCUACCAUGUCUUCUGUUGUCUUUAACAGAGAGAAGAAUCUAAGUAGUAUCGUGACUUUUCGAUCAUGUAUAUUUACCUAGUCGCCCUCAUUAACUAUCCCUGAUCACUAACCCAUUCUUUUGUGUUUUAUCUGAUGUGUGCCUGCUUCCCUUUAUGUUCAUUGUAUGUGUAGUGCUUCUGGAGGCCAGAAGAGGGCAUCGCAUCCCCAGAACUGGAGUCACAAGCUGUGAGCUCCAAAUACUCUCAGCCACUGAUCUCAUCCACUUUUGUGUUUUGUUUCUUGAGACAAGGUCUGAGUAGUACGUAAUAAAUCUCUCAUUAACAUACAUUAUGUUUAGUGAAAACUGUUGUGCCUAUGGGUGACUCAAACAGCAUGUGAGUGGUUUUGAAAAUGUUUAGUAGACAUAGUUACUGUGACAGAGUAGGCAUCCCUGAACUGUUCACUCUGAAUUGACAGGAGAGGCAGGAUGCUACCAUGUGAGAUGGUUGAGGAUUGGUGACAAGACCAAAAGAAUUAUGAAGGAAUUAGGUAAGCGUGAAGGUGUUCCUAGUACGUGGAGAUCAGAAAUCACAUCUUGGAUUUGGGGAGGAAGAGAAGAAAGCUAUGAGCUAAGCAUGAAGACACUACAGGGGUGGCUCUUUUUGACAUGAAAGGACAUUUAAGUUCAGUGUGCUUUGUCCAUGCUGGAGGUGAGCUCUGUGUUCAACCUGCCUGUGUCUGUGAGCUCUGCUUGCUAACUUUCAGCAAGUUAGUAUGGUUUAUUUAGUUUUAUCUUUUAAAGAAAUGAUUCAGCGUGUGUAAGCAUGUGCUAUGUGUAUAAGUGUAGGCUCAUGUGUGUGGAGGUCAGAGGGCAGCUUUUGGGAAUCAGUUCUUAGCUAACUUGGUUUUUGGUUUUUUUAUUAAAGUUAUGUUGUGUAAUUAAAAUUGUGUAAUUGCGUGCACACGUCUGCCACAGCACAUAUGACAUGGCAUGUGUUUAGAAGUGGAAGGACAGCCUUGUGAGUCCAUUCUCUCCUUCCUCCUUUCUGUGAGUUGCAGAGAAAGGUCCCCAGGUCCCCAGGCUUUCACAGCAAGCCCCUCUCUACCUGCUGAGCAUCUCACUUGCUGCACCUGGUCUGGGCAUCCAUCUUUUUGUUGUUUCUGCUACAUUGUGUGUUCUAGGCAAGCUCAGCUCAUGAGCUUCCAGGGGGUCUCCUGUCUCCACUUGUCACUGUCGAGACCUGGCAUUGCAGAUGUACAUUCCUGCAUCCAGGAGUCAGACUUAAGUCACACUGUGUGGCAAGUGCCUUUACACUUUACAGAGCUCUCCCCAGUCCAAAAGACAAAGAAAAAAAGCUAGUAUUGAACCUUCUUGUCCGUGGGAAGUCAGGUCAGGUCUCUGCUUCCACCAUGUGGGCCCUGGGGUCAGACUUGGGUUUGGCUUCUCACCAGCCCAUUUUUGUCUCCUUCAUUGAAAUCUUUAUUAUGCCCAAUGUGGUACACUUGCAAUUCUGAUAUUCAGGAGGCUUAAGCAGUGUAAAGCCAAUCUGGGCUUCAAUAGCAAAAUCAUCUCAGACCAUGCCCUUUAGUAAACUGUAGGGCCUAGCUUAAGAGUUUCCAUUGUUGUUGCAGAACCAUGACCAAAAGCAAGUUGGGGAGGAAAGGGGUUAUUGAGCUUACACUUC